GGGUGCGGGGACAGGAGGAGGUGGUCCUCUGGCCACUAGAGUACAGGGCUUGCACUGGCUGGAGGCUGUGUUCCCGAGGUUCUCACGGGAAUUCUUUCCCUCCUCCCGGGCCAUCCCACCGCUGUCCAGCAGCCUCUCUGGGCGCGCGAUUCCCUGGUCCCCGGGCACGGUGUGAGCAGGUGGGCAGAACGGUCGCCGGGGAAAUAGGCCCCCCAGGGGAGACGGCAGCGGGGCCAUGGCCCGGAGAUCGGGGCCAGCGCCGGCAGUCAGUGGAGAGGAGUUCUCCUUCGUCAGUCCGGUGGUGAAAUAUCUGCUCUUUUUCUUCAACAUGCUUUUUUGGGUAAUCUCUAUGGUACUGGUUGGUGUAGGAGUCUAUGCACGGCUAAUGAAGCAUGAAGAGGCAGUUAUGGCCUGCCUGGCAGUGGACCCAGCCAUCCUGCUAAUCAUAGUGGGCAUCCUCAUGUUUCUACUCACUUUCUGUGGCUGCAUCGGAUCCCUUCGGGAAAACAUCUGCCUCUUACAAACGUUCUCUUUCUGCCUCACCAUCGUGUUCCUGCUCCAGUUAGCUGCCGGAGUCCUGGGCUUUGUUUUUUCAGACAAGGCUCGUGGAAAAGUGAGUGAAAUCAUCAACAAUGCCAUUGUACACUACCGAGAUGACCUAGACCUACAGAACCUCAUUGACUUUGGCCAGAAGGAGUUCCACUGCUGUGGUGGGAUCUCCUAUAAGGAUUGGUCCCAAAACAUGUACUUCAACUGUACAGAAGACAACCCCAGCCGGGAGCGAUGUUCUGUGCCUUACUCCUGCUGCUUGUACAAAUCCAACCAGGCAGUAAUCAACACCAUGUGUGGCCGAGGUAUGCAAGCUCUUGACUACUUGGAGGCUGGUAAAGUCAUUUACACCAAUGGCUGCAUUGACAAGCUAGUCAACUGGAUCCAUAGCAACCUCUUCCUCGUUGGGGGUGUGGCACUAGGCCUAGCCAUUCCUCAGCUCGUGGGCAUCCUGCUGUCUCAGAUCCUUAUCAGACAGAUCAAAGAUCAGGUCAAGUUACAACUCUACAAUUGGCAGCACCGGGCUGAUCCAUGGUACUGAACACGCAUUCAUUCUCCCACCAGAAUGAAAGGUGGGCAUCAUGGACCGGCAGCACCAGGCAGGGCAAAGAACAGAUUUGGAUUCCCCUUGCCCAGUAACAAAGCAAGCUCCAGACAGGCAGACAAAGGCAAGACAUUCAGAUGGCCUUCAUCGCAGAGGAUGGUCCUCCCUCAUCUUGAGCUGUGCCAGUUUUCUGAGAGAGGUUUUUUGGUUUGGUUUGGUUUUUAUUUGUUGGGUCUGUGUGGGGCCAGGGGUUUAAGUUACAUUUAAACAAAAAUGUUUUAGGGGAUACCGAUUGCACGGAGUUGCAAUGGGACUGACUUCUUCCUCUUGCAGGCAACACAGUAACCAAGCCCAGCCUUUUCUGUCCCUGAACACUCUCAGAUUAGUGCCAACUAGAUUUGGGCACUGGAGGGAGUUGUACACCAGUAGCCCCUGCCCUGGGUCCAGCUGGCACAGUACUUGACUGAGGUAGGGGGAGGGUAGUGAUCGCAAGAGUCAAAUGGGGACAGUUAUGUAUGUGUUGGGUACGACGGUGGAAAGAGAUACAUCUGCCAAUUCCCUAUUCCGUGUUCCCCCUUAGACAAUCGGAGCCAAGUCCAUCCUGACCCCUCCUUCAUUUCCAUGGAAAUAUGGUAACAAGAGGGCAGGGAAAACUAAAAAAAAAAAAAAAAAAAAGCUUGGAAUUAUGAUAUCUUUUUUGGCUUGUGUCUGGGGACCAUCUCAGCAGCAGCCAAGAAGGAGGUGACACAGCAACCCAUACCCUUUUACCCUCUUUCUCUCGCCUGAACGGGCAUUUUCUUGGGUACAUGGGACUAUUACAGACAAUAACCUCCUAGCCUUCCCCAUCUCCAAGCACUAAGACUGGCGUUGUGUGCGUUCUACAAUUCUUUAUCUUUAUGCAAGGUCGGAAACAGGAACCCUGAAGCAUUAGAAAAGGAAAUGCAGUAAAAGUAUUAAUCGGAUCCACGUCCAUGCAGUCCUGGGAGCUAGGAGGAGACUGGAUGCCUAACCCGGUGGGAACGGAUCUCUCGGGCCCCGUUUUAAGGAGGGGGUCGGUCGGAGAGUAAAAUAGAUCUCUAAUGGCCUCAGUACCCCGGAGAAGUGCUCUCUCCCUAUUAUCCAUCCCCCACCUCUCCAAUAGGGUACCCCAAUUCUCAGGGAUUGCCAACCUAGUGUUUGAGAUGUCCUGGGGUUUCUCAUUAUCCCAAGGACUGUCUUAAACGUCUCCAAACAAAACUAAUUUCAAAUCAUUUUAAUUGGCAAAAUAUGUCAUUCAGCAAGUGGGUGGGGCGGGGCAGGUGUCAGGAAACCCAUUGGUCCAGCCUCUGCAGUGGGGGGCGGGGGGAUGAAUCUCUCCCUUCGCGGGUCCGGGCCAGGUCUCGCUCCCGGUACCCCACCUUUCGCGGAAGGGUUUGCGCUCGGGCAGGCGCCCCGGCGAGCCCUUUCAGUGGCUUUCCGCCCACCUUGCUCCAGUCUAGAUGGAGAAAGCAGGCCUAGAGAUUGGGGUUUGUGCCGGCCUCCAGCGGGAAGGGGGUUACCAUAGUCUCCGACUGCACGGAGAAGGCUCCCAGCCACUCGGGCCUCCCCGGCUGUGCGGGGGCGGGGAGCCGAGGGCGGGGCCACUCGGGCGGAUACUUAGCUGGGCAAGCACAGCUGGGACUUAGUGGGUGGUCCCGCCCAGCACAUCUCGCCCCUCCCGCGGGCUCUCUGAGUAGGGUGUACUGACCGGCCUCCAAGCUGGGGGAGUGUACUAGAUGGGGGCGGGGGGACCCGGGCUGAUGCCCACGCCGCUUUCUUUCUCCCUACCCUUCAGAUUCAGCCUUCUUUGGAGUUCUGGUGCUCCAACUCCCUCCCUGCUUUCAAGACUGCAGGAAAGUCUUUAAGAAAUACAAUCGGGUAUAAAAUAAGGCAAAAACAGGCAUGGCGAGAAGUAGGGAACGGUUGGAUUUUUUUUUCCUGGCGUAGUGUGGUGCUGUUCACCAGGCUGAGAAGGGAAGCUCAUACAAUAAACAUUGAACGGGACUGAA